CCUUUUUGAGCUCCACUUAUAUUAAUAGAUGUUUUCAGUCACUAACAGCUGAUCCAAACUCAGUACAGUUAUUUACUGUUAACAUCCCAUAAAAAUAAAACUUAAUUAAACAGAAUCAAUACUAAACACUCAAUCAUCUAGAGAUUUAACAAAGCAGACUAACAUCUUAACCAUUAUAAUUUCAUAUUUCAAUGAUAACCUGAAUCAGAGCAAGUUUUCCUUUAUGAUUUAAUUAUUGGUCUUAUAUACUGCAUGAAACAUGUACAUCUACUAGAUAAUCUGAAUAGGACCAGCCCUGCCUUCUUCCUUGUUCUACCCGCUUUUGCUUUCCUGUUGUGGUUUAGAAUGGCUAUUUUUUUACUGAGGUGACAGUUUCGAGUGCAUUAAAGUGUAUAAUAUAAAGAACGUCUACAGAGUUGAACGGUUUUAUUAAUGGUUAUAAAUGAUAAUAAAAUGCUAAUUUAGCUCCAAAAAGUCUUACUCCUGACUUACGAUGCCUGGAUGUUACAUUUAUGUCUGGCUGUUUCUGUUUGCUGUAUUUGCUGAAGACAUUCCUGAAGUUAAAGUGGAGACGGGCUUAUAUAGUCGUGUUGAGCUCACUGGAAACAAACUUCAAACAAAUCAAUAUACUGUUGAGUCAGUGGAAUGGACCAAACUAAAAAAUGGACCACAAGUGUGUCUUAUAUUUGUAAACAAUGGUACCAAUGGUAUCAAAUUCUAUGGCGACUGCCGUGGAAAGGCUCAUUUCUAUUUGAACAAUAACACCCUCAUUCUGGAAAACGUGACAGCACAGGAUGAAGGAGUCUUCAAGGAAACUAUAGUUAGAAGAAAUGGAACUAAAAAAAUCCAAACCUUUAAAUUAAUUAUUCAAUACCCACCAAAUGCAACAGAAAUAGUGCUCACAUGGAACUCCAGCACAUCUGUGACUCUCAAAUGUGAAGUGAGCGGGUCAUUUCUGUAUCUGAUGUGGAAGAGAGAAAGAGUCCCUGUUCUAGAGAAACACAGAUACUUAUUCAGUGAGAGGAAUCAAACUCUAUACAUCAGCAACAUAACCAGCUCAGAUUACGGGACGUACAGCUGUGUUGUUUCAAAUGCAUAUGGAGAAUCAGAACAGCACAUAAAUAUUGGUGAGAACUCAACUGUUAACCAAGGAAAUGGUACUAGUGGUCAAACUCAGUCUGGUCAGAAACUGCUUUCAAGUGGACUUACACUCAUUGGUGUUGUUGGAUUGUGCAUCAUGUUCUACGGCCUUUACAAAUACCAUCACAGGCAAAGAGCAGAAAAUGGCAGAACUACAGAUGAAGGGGAUGCAGAUAAUAACACUGGAAUUUAUCAGGAAGUGUCUGACUUUCAACAGAUGACUCCUUUGCCAUACGUCUACACAGACUUCAUUAAGCCGAAAGAGCCCAAUCAGUCCUCUGCUGCAACACAACACUUUGAGGACUUUGGUUACUCUGAGGUUGGACCCACAUGCAUGGCAGAACCAGAACUUCAGUAUUGUCAUGAGCAGUUCACUGCGUGUCCUGAUACCGGAGAGGAAUGACAAAUAAUAUAAGAGACUACAAAACAUGCUGGAGUUAAAACAGUCAGCGAAAACUAACACACUUUCAUAUUCAUGAAUCUGGUGCAGCACAACUUACAAGAGCAUCAGAGUCAGACAAGCAGGAGAAAAAUACAUGUUUACAUCCUCAUCAACCACCAGAUGGCAGCAAAAAAAGCUGAAAACAGCAGUUCGACCAUGUACAACCAUAACUGUUUCUGAUCCUUAAAAACACAAAUAGCAACAAUUUGGAUGGACAAUCUUCAGAAUAAUCGUUUCAGUUACAUUCAAUAAGCAUCAUUCUGAAAAAGAACAGAAGAAACUUGUUUUCUUUCUUGCACUUGGUACUGGAUAAUGUAGGCUACACAAUGAACACUCAGUGCUGGUUAAAGACAUUUGGAGGUCCUGCGCACCAUUUCCCUCUUAAUAAAAAAGCACUUGAAACAAA